AUGGCUAGUUUUAUGGUUCCUAUACUUUUACAACUUGCUUUCUAUUCUGUUGCAUCUUCCACAUCGUGGUCUUACUUGUUUCAAGAAGACUGGCCCGCCAGCUGCAAAGGAAUACAACAAUCCCCGAUUGACAUAAGAACAAGAGAAACCGUCAGGAAAUCUUUCCCGAAUAUUCAGUUCAGUGAUGCCAUAUAUCAGGAAAAGAUGGCGACUGUGACUAAUACUGGUCGUUCAGUCAAAGUCAAAUUUCUGAACGACAACUACAGCCCGACUGUCUGUGGGGGUGGACUUCAAGGGAAGUACGUUUUGGACUCUUUCCACUUUCACUGGAGGUCUGAACAUAGUAUUGAUGAAUACAGGUACCCCUUGGAAGGACACUUUGUACACCACUCCGAAAACUACCCUAAUCUUGAAAGUGCGAUGUCACACCCAGGUGGAGUGGCCGUAUUUGCUGUCUUUUACAACACACUGAAAACAUCAAUACCGAGUCCAGCCUUCAGCUUUGUGCACGAAAUCGAAAUGGUGGCUAGAAGAAUAAACAAAUCACUUGUCUCAAACAACCCCAUAACCUUAGCAGACUUCCUCCCGCAAAACCUUAACGACUUUUAUCGUUACAACGGUUCUCUAACCACCCCGAACUGCAACGAAGGCGUUAUUUGGACGAUAUUUAAAAAACCCCAGAACAUUCCGGUAUCACAGUAUAAGAAACUGGUCGACAUUCGGGACGAAAUGGGAGAUAGAUUGAGAAGUAAUUACAGAGAUCCACAAGCAGUGAAUCGAAGAACAGUGUGGGAGUCGUGUGGAAAUGAUAAUAUUUACUACUAA